AUGCUUCGGCGUAUACGAGCCAAGCUUCACCCACCUGUCCUCGGACAACCAUCUCUACUGUUCAUUCGAUUGUCGUCUUCCGCCGCCCUCGCUCGGGUGAGAGAUACGGAGGAAGAUUAUCAGCAUGAACCAUAUGGAAUAGAAUAUGGCGCUGGACCUUCACGGAUACCUUAUCAACCUCGAUCCUACGUGAUUCCCCGAUCAAACCAUCCCACUCAUCCUCACUCAUCUCAACAGCUCUCUCGCGUCCUUCGCGAUUCCCUCAGUAAGCUAAGUCCAGGAGCGUAUGCACAACCCCAAACGUUCUUUAAUGCGCUUAGCAAUCAGGCAGAUCCUCAAGACGGACUCAUAUAUCGACGAUAUCCUGAAGAUCUUGCCACGCUAUCUCGACUAGAACUGCAUACCAUCCUUCAUCACCUGAUUAGAAAGAAGAAGGGCAAUUUGGCUGCUGCGAUCAUAUGCGAUGUGCUUGCUUCUGUACCUCGGGAACAGAGAAGACGAAUGCUCUCAAUCAAGACUUUGUCUAUGCUUUUUAAAGAAAGAUCGAUUUUCAAUAUGUCAAAUGCGGGAUCUUUUAAGCGAAUAUCAACUUUACCCGAUAUAAUACCUUCUAUCGAAGAUCAGGUUGCUCCUCCACCAAGUCGACAAUUAUCCGCUCUGUUGAACAUAAUGGAUUCCCUUCAGGAGGUGCGGUAUCAAAGACCUAUCGAACUGUAUCAACUAGUCAUCAAGCAAUGUGUAGAUGAGCACCUCUAUGACCUAGCUGCCAAGGUGUAUGUCGGUUUAGUAGAGGAAUGGGUCACUGAAGGGAGAGUAGCUCAUGGAGCCGAUCCAGAUGAUUUUCAUCCUGGUGGUGGACCACCACGUAUCAUUGAAUACCCUUCACAACGUCAGAGUUUAUCUAAAUUAUUGGGACAUUGGUGGACUGGCGUUAGGACUUGGAGAUUACCCGGUGAGGUAUUAUCACCCCAUGAUCGAUUAGACCUAUGGCAUCCCAAGCAUCUAUCUCUAGGCGAGAAAAUGAAGAACUUCCCUCUGCCUAUUGCCACUUCUCCGCCAUCUCUGGUCCCUCAACCGAAAUCAGUGCUAUUGACGACCAUCAUCGUUUCCCUCAAGCUGAAUCCACAUACAUGUUCGCCUCAGGAAUUUGCCAGUUCGAUGAGGGCUUUGGCUAUACUGGCUAAUACUGUACUAUCACGUACUCUGCCGAUCGUAUCGCUAGGAAAGUUGUUACAGGUCUUCAAAUCUGCUCCUUCUAAACCCGACGUCUAUCCUGAAAAUAUCACUGAAAUUCCAAAGGAAAACCAAUGGGCUUAUACAUCUUUCACCCAAAUCCACGUUACGCUCAUGUCAUUGCUCUUCUCUCCGCCUAUAUCAUCACAUUCCAUGCAACUUAUCGCCCAGAAUCAAGAUGUUCAUCCGGAAGAUGAGUCCACCAUUCUACACUCGGUAACUGCAGAAGGCGAAGCGAUGAAUCGGUACAUGUUACCUCCUCUGUCCUGGAACUCAUGUGCUAUACUACUUCAAUAUGCCUUUGAAGGUUUGCGCAAACCUUUUGCAUUGAAGAAAUUAUUGAGCUACAUGAAAGAAAUGUUCGGUAUGGGCGGCGCAAACCCCCAAGCAUUCAAUACGAUCUUAAAAGGUUCCUCGGCAUUACAACUCAACGCAAUUGCUGCUAAGGCAGAUAUGAAUAUCUUUGGUAAACAACAAUAUGACCGACCAUCUCAUGCACCACCACAGAGAGAAGAUACAAGAUUUUUCUCUUCUUCUCAACGGGUAGAGCGAGAUACUUCACAAGAGGCGAAGGAUGCCGAAGAAGAAUUUCUGAAUGAAUGGUCAUCAAGGACUAAGACCUCUUUCGAACUUGGUGGAUCACCUUUGCCUAAUGAACAUUCGUUAUUACUCCUGAUCAAGCAUUUGACAGUGACUAGUCAAUUCAAUAGGCUGGAAGAUCUAGUGUAUAUCCUGGAACCAUAUCUGGAAUUCUCGAAGAAAAUGCCCCUUGACGAACUGGGAGAUAGGAUUGAAUCGAAGGGUUUGAAACCUGGUGAAAGUGGUAGACCAAGAUCUCAACCGUUAUCUUAUAAUAUCUAUUUAUCACUUAUGAGGGGAUUAGAAAAAUCAGGUUCAACAGGAUUGGCUCAAAGAGUGUUCAACUUGGCUUUGUAUACUGAAAGAGGAAGAGUUCAAGAAUAUUUGGAAGAAAACUCCAUUCCGACCAUCUCUGGUAUCAGGAUACCAACGUCAAUCAAGUUCCCUUUAGAUGGAUAUAAGAUAAUGUUAGAUGUUUGGGGUAAUGAAACUCGAUUUACCAAUAGGUUAAACAAACGGAAUCGCAAAUCCAAUGAACAACUCAAAGAGCUACCUUUAGGAUGGAAUCUACCUAAAGAAUAUUCGAAUUUACCUAGAGGAGUUGCAGCUGGAUAUAUGACGAUGGUGACUCAUCAUCUGGCGAAAAAGAAUUUUUGUCCUGAAGAAUUUACAAAAGGAUAUUAUGAAAGUUUGAUAAGAGCUUGUAGAUGGAGAUGGAAAUUAUCAGAAGAUAAAUCACCACAUCAUGAAUUUAAAGCUGAGAUUAAGGAUGUUAUGCUAGAUAUACAAGAUUCGGGAUUGGAAGUACCUCAAUUAUUGAGGGAGAAAUUGUCGGAUGAGAGGGCGGGAGCUAGUUUUAGAUGGGUUAACAGUGCGAAUAAAAUGGGUAAGAAGCAAAAGACGGAUGAGGAGUUGUUGUUGGGGAAAUUGUUGAAUGGUCAGGAUUUAGAUGUUUUCGUGAAUGGCGAGACAAUUAUGAGAGGAAAAGAUGUCUAG